CACACUUCUCAUUUUUUUUAAAACAAAAAAAACCCAAAAACCAAACAGCCCCUAAGCACUCAAAGCAGCACCGCACCCACCCUCUCUUCUCCUCUCAGCUGAAAGAGAGAGAAGAACGCGCGAUCCCGUUCAAUCUCUCCAUACUCUUUGCGCCAAUCAACGACCCCACACUCAAAUUUUUUUCCCCCUCAAACAAACACUCCCUUUCUCUCUCUCCUCUCCCCAUCUCUUUCUCUCUCUUCUUUCUUGCCAUGCCAGCUUCUUCUCCUUCAGAGAACCGCACAAAAUGGAGGAAGCGGAAGAGGGAAUCGCAAAUCAGUCGCCGCCACCAGAAGCACCAGCACCACCACGAAGACGACGACGACGAAGAAGAAGAAAACCCCAAUGCCGACAACAACGAAGACCACGACGACGAUUCUGAGGACCAAACCCCUAAUCCCCAAUCUGCUUCCCCUCACCACCACGAGAUCGAGGUGCUCUCCGAUCACGCCGUCCAGAUUUCGCAUUUCCCCACUGUUCUCAAGCGCUCCGUUAACCGCCCACACUCCUCCGUCGCCACCGUCAUCGCUCUCGAGCGCGCCGCACUCGCCGGCGACUCCAAGGCCCACCAACAGCUCCACAACAGCGGCAGCAUUCCGUUCCUCGAGAAUGUUUCUCACGGCCAGCUCCAGGCCCUCUCCACCGUCCCGGCUGACAGCCCCUCCCUCGAUCAUGACCGCGAUGGCGGCAGCAGCAGCUCCUCUUUUGUUAUCACUCCUCCGCCAGUUUUGGAAGGACGUGGUGUUGUUAAGCGCUUUGGAAAUAGGGUUCUUGUUGUUCCAAUGCAUUCAGAUUGGUUUUCACCAGCCACAGUGCAUCGACUAGAGAGACAAGCAGUGCCGCAUUUCUUUUCUGGAAAAUCACCAGGUCAUAGUCCGGAGAAGUAUAUGGAGUGCAGGAACUAUAUUGUUGGGCUCUACAUGGAGGACCCUGGGAAGAGGAUUACUGUCUCUGAUUGUCAGGGAUUGUUGGUUGCAGUUGACAAAGAAGAUUUAGCUCGGAUUGUCCGGUUCCUUGAUCAUUGGGGAAUCAUCAAUUACUGUGCUUUGGAGUCAUGUCAUGCGCCAUUUAAUGAUGCAUCCUUCCUGAAGGAGGAGACAAGUGGAGAAGUCCGCGUGCCCUCAGAGUUUCUAAAAUCCAUAGAUAGUCUGAUAAGUUUUGACAAGCCCAAGUGUAAGGUCAAAGCAGAAGAAAUUUAUUCAUCAUUCACAAUGCACAAUGCUGAUGUCACUGAUCUGGACAACAGGAUACGGGAACAUCUAUCCGAAAAUCAUUGCCAUUGUUGUUCUCGUCCUCUUCCUGCUGUACACUAUCAGUCACAAAAAGAGGUUGAUAUUUUACUUUGUACUGGCUGCUUUCAUGAUGGGAGAUUUGUCGUUGGACAUUCAAGUAUAGAUUUUGUUAGGGUGGAUUCGUCCAGGGAUUAUGGUGAGGGAGAUGGGGAUAGUUGGACUGAUCAAGAAACUUUGUUGCUGCUUGAAGCAAUGGAGAUUUACAAUGAGAAUUGGAAUGAAAUUGCCGAACAUGUUGGGACCAAGUCAAAAGCACAAUGCAUUCUUCAUUUUCUUCGUCUACCAAUGGAAGAUGGAAAAUUGGAAAAUAUCAACAUUCCAAGUGUGUCUUUGCCAUCCAAUGUGAUGAAUAGAAAUGAUAGUGGAAGAAUGCACGGCUACGUAAACGGAGAUUCUGCAGGAACUGUCCGCCAAAGCAGAGAUUCUGACAGCAGGUUUCCUUUUGCCAAUUCUGGAAAUCCUGUUAUGGCUUUGGUAGCCUUUUUAGCCUCUGCCGUUGGACCAAGAGUAGCUGCUGCUUGUGCUCAUGCAGCAUUAGCAGUAUUAUCAGAGGAUACUUCUGGCAGCACAUCGCAAAUGGAAGUACAAGGACAUGAUAAUAGGUCAAAUUCAGAAAGUGCACAUAGUAGAGAUCGUGGAGAAACUGCAAUUUCAAAUAAUCAUAAUGAGGACAAGGCAAAACUUGUUGGUUCACGAGGUCAAAAUGAAGGCGGGACAACACCACUAUCUGUUGAGAAAGUUCAAGAUGCAGCAAAGGCAGGCCUCUCUGCUGCAGCCAUGAAAUCUAAAUUGUUUGCUGAUCAUGAAGAACGAGAAAUCCAGAGGCUAUGUGCUAGUAUCGUUAGUCAUCAGUUGAAAAGAUUGGAAUUGAAGCUGAAGCAGUUUGCUGAAAUUGAAACAUUAUUGAUGAAAGAAUGUGAACAAGUUGAGAGGACAAGGCAGAGAUUUGCUGCUGAGCGGUCCCGUAUUAUAUCUGCUCGUCUUGGAACUGGAGGAGCCACACCUCCACCAUCAGGUGUUGGUCCUUCCAUGUCUAACAGUAAUGGCAACAGUAGGCCACAAAUGAUCUCUGCGUCUCCCUCGCAGCCCAGCAUCUCGGGGUAUGGCAACAACCAACCAGUUCAUCCACACAUGUCCUUUGCCCCGAGACCUUCUAUGUUUGGUUUGGGACAAAGACUGCCCCUAUCUAUGAUACAACAAUCUCAAUCACCUUCAAAUGCCAUGUUCAAUGCCCCUAGUAAUGUGCAACCCACUUCCAAUCAUCCAUUGUUGAGGCCUGUAUCAGGGACUAACUCUGGUUUAGGUUAAUUAGGAGAGUAGGCAUAAGUUUUGGGACCUCAGUGUUGCAAUUCUAUUUUGUCAUUGAUCUCAGCAGUGAAGAGGAAAUAGGUGGAUGUGUCCAAAAAAAGAAAAAUAGUUAUCUAAGUUCUAGAUACUGUAAUUGGUUGCAGUUGAUUGUGAAAGUGUUGUUUAAAGAAAAUAAGUAGCAUUUUGAUA